UUAUCAUGUCUCCGCCGAAAAGUUUAUGUUUGACUGAAUCAAGACUGAAUUUAUACCUCUUAUAUAUAAUCCCUGAUCUAUGGCCGUUACAUCCAUGUCUACUUCUAUCCUCACCAUGUCCGAGUCCUAUCUUCCUCCUCAUGCAAUGGGACACGGUUAUUCUGAAGACGCUGAUUUCGACUUCGAGUCCGACUCAGAGUCUGACAGAUAUACUAGCAUGUCUCUUGACGCGUUUGCGCCCAGCGUAGCAAGCUCCAAAACAUCUAUGGAUGCCUCCAUGCGUUCUCAAUCCCCUGCUCCAUCAGUAUUCUCAGUAACAAGUUCUUUACGAGCUCAAGCAUAUAGACAAGAAUACGGACGAGGCCUAAACAAUUAUUCAGAAGUUUACAGGUUACCAGCCGACGACGAAGAACUUGACCGUCUGGACAGACAACAUGACAUGUUUUGCAAAGCAAUCGGUAAAUUCCCGCCACCAAUGCCAGAAAUCAUGGCAGAUGAUGAGUUUGAGGUUAAAGCCGUCCUCGACUUAGGUUGUGGCAGUGGCAGCUGGAUAAUGGACAUUGCGAGAGAAUUCCCAAACGCAAGUGCGGUAGCUGUGGAUCUCGUUCCCAUGCAGUCAACGUCUAUGCCACCAAACUGCAGAAGUGAGGUUGACGACAUUAAUCUCGGCCUGGAGCACUUUUAUGGCGAUUUCAACGUUGUCCAUGUUCAAUUAAUUUCUUCCGGAAUUCGGGAUUACCAUGGACUCAUUAAUCAUAUCGCCCAUGUCCUCCGACCAGGUGGUCUAAUAGACCUCACUGAAUUCGCAUUCUAUUUUACGGGCAUCGAGAAAACACCUAUUUGUCCACCAGCGGGCACAUUUGAACCGCCGUGGACACCUCUAUGGAUGUCUUACGCGAACAGAGCCGUCCGUCAACGCGGUGGUGAUGCAGACGCUUCCUUGCACAUGCAUCAAUGGGUAUCAGAGCACCCGGCAUUCGAGGACGUCGUGUAUCGUGAAUUCUGGAUACCAUUGUCGCCGUGGCUGAAGGGUAAUGACCCUAACAGUAUCUGGUGGAAUAGUAUUGGAGCGACUAUGCGAGAUGACGUCAAAGCAUUCAUGAGAUCCGGUCGCCCUUUGCUCCUCGGCAAUGGAUUAUCAGAAGAUUUUGUGGAUCAACUGGAAAAUAAUGCAGUGGCGGAAUUGGAUGAAGCAAUUACUCCUGUUUACGUGUGCAUACAAAACGUCUAUGCCCGUAAGAGACAAUGAUUCGGGCGCAUCUUGGACCUAUUUAUUCACUUACCACUUUGGCAUAUUUGGACUCGCGUGGACUUCAUCACAUUAGAAUACUGUAUCAUGAGAUAUUUUUUUUUUUUCUUCACCCUCAUCACUGUUCGAUACCUGCACUAACCACGCUUCGACAUCACGAUACGAGAUAUAUUUGACGUUGAUGAUUACAGA